GCUGCAGCCGCGGCACAGCGAGAGCAUGUCCAAGCCGGUCGACCACGUCAAGCGGCCCAUGAAUGCCUUCAUGGUGUGGUCGCGGGCUCAGCGGCGCAAGAUGGCCCAGGAGAACCCCAAAAUGCACAACUCGGAGAUCAGCAAGCGCCUGGGCGCCGAGUGGAAGCUGCUCACCGAGUCGGAGAAGCGGCCGUUCAUCGACGAGGCGAAGCGCCUGCGCGCCAUGCACAUGAAGGAGCACCCCGACUACAAGUACCGGCCGCGGCGCAAGCCCAAGACGCUGCUCAAGAAGGACAAGUUCGCCUUCCCGGUGCCCUACGGCCUGGGCGGCGUGGCCGACGCCGAGCACCCGGCGCUCAAGGCGGGCACCGGGCUGCACGCGGGCGCCGGCGGCGGCCUGGUGCCCGAGUCUCUGCUCGCCAACCCCGAGAAGGCGGCCGCAGCCGCCGCCGCCGCCGCCGCGCGCGUCUUCUUCCCGCAGUCGGCCGCCGCCGCCGCCGCAGCCGCUGCAGCCGCCGCAGCCGGCAGCCCCUACUCGCUGCUCGACCUGGGCUCUAAGAUGGCAGAGAUCUCGUCGUCGUCGUCCGGCCUCCCGUACGCCUCGUCGCUGGGCUACCCGACCGCCGGCGCGGGCGCCUUCCACGGCGCGGCGGCAGCGGCUGCAGCGGCGGCCGCGGCCGCCGGGGGGCACACGCACUCGCACCCCAGCCCGGGCAACCCGGGCUACAUGAUCCCGUGCAACUGCAGCGCGUGGCCCAGCCCCGGGCUGCAGCCGCCGCUCGCCUACAUCCUGCUGCCGGGCAUGGGCAAGCCUCAGCUGGACCCCUACCCCGCGGCCUACGCCGCCGCGCUAUGACCCCGCGGGGCCGCCUUGCGAGGACCGGUGUGCACACGUGUACAUAUGUAUAGGUACGAGCUCUAUGGCCUCCCCUUGCGCCUUCCCGCGGCAGGGGCCCCGGUUUGUAUGUACAUAAGAUGUAUAGGUGCCAGGCAGAGGCAGAGAUGCCAGUCGGGGCGCGAGUGGCCGAGCGCGCGAGUGCGCGGGCGAGUGUGCGUGUGGAUUCACGGGAUCAUUUCAGACCUGCACUUCGGCAGCCAACUUUAAAGAGGGCGGUUGUAUCCGGCAGCAGUUGGUGUUUGCUUUGCACUUCGGAACCUGUUGCGUUUUGGCCCACAGAGACGGAGGAGUAACUUUUUGACAUGUUGGGCUUUCCAGUUUUGUUUGUUGGAAGUUUAUUGUCGGUUUUGGUUUUUUUCCUCAUUAUCUUCCUUUUCCCCGCCCCCCUCUCCUGGUCUGCGUUGCAUGCACGCUGUUCAAAUGUUAGGUCUGCAAUGGCUGGCACAAGGGAAAAGCUGAGCAGUGUCAUUAGUUUCUCGGAGCGGGACGGCUCUGAGCAGCCUUGCUCCGUGUUUUACUGUUUGAACUUUGCAAAUCGCAGUCCUCUCAAGCAGAAACCCCAGACCGGAUCCGUUCUUGACCAGUGACCGGCUCGAAUCUGGCCUUUUGUAUGUGAGAUGAUCCCGGUUUCUUUUGUUUAUCACGCCAUAUGCAAAUCAGAACAAGGGCUCUUUCUCAAGAGCAAGGAAGGCAAACAAGAAAUAUGUGUGAGAUGAAAAGCUGUCAAUUGGAUUUUUUCCCUUAAAAAAACAAAACAAAACUACUAGAAGUCUCCCUGAGUCCGCUUGCUUGGAUUUCUUACACGGUUUACAGGAAGGAAAAAGACACGGCUCCUAUUUUCCGCUUAUGGCUCAGUUCACCUUAAGAUGUAAAUGUGUAUAUGUCCGUGAAAACUUUGAGUCUUUGAAAAUGUGUUAUUUGCGUUGCCCUAAAUUUGAGUCGGUUUUAGACUCUAAAGCAUUUUGAGCAAAUGUCAAAGUUAACUUUUAAAAAUUGCGGGACUAUUUCAGAAUCGCAGUUUUAUCUAAGAUUAAAUCAGACUUUUUUGUCUGAGUGGUAAUUAUAUAUUUAUUAUUUAGCAAAACUGAAAAAAAGAAACCCAGAAUUGUUUCGACAGAUGUCUCUCAUUUUCAGCUAGUAUUUCUCCACCAACUUUAACUGUUUAAAUGUGUUUUGGAGUUCCCUCCCCAAUUAGCUUAUUUUUUAGAUCACUUGCAAUUCAUUUGCAAGUUAUGAUAAAACACAUUUUAGAGAAAAGAACCCUCCUCAAUUAUAGCUUUUUUGUUUCUUUUUAAAUGUAUAUAUUUUGACUAAUGUUUGUGAAUGAAGUUGGCUAACAUGUAUUUAGUUUCCUUUUGGCUUUAUGUAAUAUAAAGUUUUUAAAAGUUUAAGUAUUGGUUUUAACCUUUAUGUGUAAAUGGUUUUCUUGUGUGAUCUAAUUUAAUAUUAGACGUCUAAACUAUAUCUGUAAAUUAGAAUCCGACUAUCACUCUGUUCAUUUUUUUUGAACAAAGAGUUUAAAUAAAGCCUGAACCAGGGAAAAGAGAAAA